AUGGUUCUGAUUUCGUCCAAAACCUUCAUCCAGGCGCACGCUGUGCUCCUGGUGGUCGUUGCCGGGUACCUGAUCAAAAGCCCAGAGCUUAUCACUGACUCCGACAUGGUGUUCAUGAUGGGAGAAGCCUUGCAAAUUAAUUUCCCUGCCGUAACGAGCUCCGUUCAGUCUCCUUUCGCCUACUGCGCCAUUCCGCUGCUCGGUGAGGCCCUCAUCGAUCUUGUGCUCCUGUCUACGAUCCCCUUCCACGAAGCUUUGGACGAAGCUCUGCCCUAUAUUCGGCCUCUGCGAAACGGAAACCUCCCCGCUGAGGAUCUCCAGAUUUUGGCCAAGCUUCCCGAGUACAUCACCAAGUCUCUGACAAUUUACUGGAAUGUCUGGACUACCAUCGCCGGAUUCCGAUUCGCCGCGUACGGCGCCCUCUCUCUAUUCAUCUACCUGGGCCGCGGCGCAUCCUACUCUUCUGCGGCCGCGGUCACGGGUUUGAGCCUGUUGAAACACCGUGUGGUCUUCAUGUACGCGUUUGUGGAGAUGAUGACGUGGUUCUGGGCAUUCUCAACUCUCCGCCAGGAACGACAGGAGAGACUGACCAAGCUGCUGGAGGAUGCCCGCGAGGGUUGA